AUGUCGACGGCGAUCGUUUACGAGGGCGUGCCAGGUGCUCAAGGCACUCUGUUCCAAGGGAAGAAGUUCUUCGUCACGCAGCGUGUGCCCGACAGAACAACGAUCUUGGACCUAAUCAAACAAAAUGGGGGGAAAAUCGUCAAACUGGACAAGCAUGCCGACUUGGUGAUCGCAGACCACGUCAGAAGAGACUGUCCUCCAGACUCGCUAUCGUGGAAUUUCAUCAAGGAUUCUGUCCAGUACGGCGCUAUGCAGGAAGAAGACAAGUACCAGAUCAACCAAUCGCCUAUGGCUGCUCGUCCUGUUGGGUCAACGAAGCCUGCCAAAGGUACUCGGACCCCCUUCACAAAUGCCGACGACGCAGAGCUUACCAGGUGGGUGCUCUCACAUACCAAGACGAGCGGAAAUGACAUAUAUCAAAAAUUCGAGCAAAUUAACAAUCGUCACACGUGGCAUUCUUGGAGAGAUCGAUGGGUGAAAAAGCUGAAGCUAUUACCUUAUGAUGCCCAGCGCAAGUUGGCUGAUUCUGCUCCACCCGAGUCACAAUCCCCGACAGUGUCUCUGCUCGAUGCGCCUCGAACCGGGCGGAGAGCUCAGCCCGCGUCAGACGCUGCCACUGCAUCAGCUUCUCGGCAUGACGGCCCUCAAACUACACGGUCACUCAGACCUGCUGCGAGACAAGCAGGCGCACAUCCGCAGGUGACUGAGGCAACUAGGAAUAGGUUCACCAAGGAAGACGAUGAACUAUUGUUGCGCAGCGUUUCAGAGCUCGAACAGCGGGGCGGCAGGAUCUCCAGUGGUAUUUUCCAAGAUCUGGCCAAGAAGUAUCCCCGUCAUACAUCCACUUCGUGGCAGAAGCACUGGGCAGAGUCGGAGCGGCGCUUGAGACAGUCUUUUGUUAAAGCCGAACCCAUGUCUGACCUACGAUCUCCAGGCGCUAGACCAGCCCCUGGUAAUGUUGGUCACGAUUCUGCGUCUGACCGGAAUGAGAGAGACCCUGAGCGCGCGGUGAGUACCAAUGUCGGCAGCAACAAACACACCAACAAGCCAUCAUCUGCACCCAUUGUAGAGGAAACUAUCGUAGUUGGGAGUACUCAACUGCCCGACCCAGAGAGAUUAGAAGAAGGACACGACGACGAAGGAGCGGAGUCCCAAGAUUUGACAAGAGAACAGUUCUACAAGCGACUUGAGGACUACCGGAAUCUCAUAAAACAGGACCCAAAUGCUAACGUAUCCGGUCGUCCUGUUGAUCUUUGGCUUUUGUGGAGUACCGUUCGGAAUGUCUAUGCCCGAGGCGGGAUUGAACUCGACUGGGAAGACAUAACGGAGGAACUGGGUUUCCCUCGCGACAGUUCUCGACACCUUAAGGAGUGUUACAACGAGCACGCCGAAGGCUUUUUCAGCACCUUGGACGAUGGUGAUGAUGACGAUGACGACGGUUCGGGCGAUGAAGAAAUCGUCGACCAAGGGGGAGCACAUGCCGAAGAGAGAAGACGGCCGCGUACAGAGACUGAAGCUGAUGCUGGAACGGAUGAUGAGAUCCUCAUUGCACUUCCGACCAACACGCCUGGCGCCUCGAGAAAGAGAUCCGCCAUUCAAAUGGACGGCCUUAGUGCUCCAUCUACUCCAAACGGACGCAAAAAGCGGCAUCGUCUGGGCCCGAAUGACGAAGUGCCUCCCACUCCCGAAGAGAAGAUUGGACUUGCCGGCAUGAGUGGGCUUGAUAUCAGUCCAUCACUAAGCGGAAAGGAACCCGCAAGCACUUCCGCAGGCAGACCCGAAUCUAGAGAAACCGAGGUCCAAAGGGGGCCCAGAGCCCGGCAUGUGGAGCCCGAGACGCAAGACUUUGGCUUCGAUGACGAAGACCAUGAACGGGCGGAUUCUCAGCAUGACAGCUUCGACAUAUCUCCCUCUCAGCAGCUUUUUGAUGACUUGGCGGCGGCAACGCCGCUUCCCUCGUCCCUUCAAAAUAAUGGCUUUCAGUCCUGUCGACAGCCGGGCGACUCUACCCGCGACAGAUCUCAAUUUUCAGCUGGAGCUGAAGAAGUCAUUCAUGCGGGAGGUGAAGAUGUCCAGCCCGAAUCACAAGGCGUUGAGAAAAUAGCCCAGCUUGACGGGUUCAUUGAAAGCUUUGAAGGGUUUGGCUAUCCUCGCGAGGAUGUACUUACCGCGCUCAUCUCGACGUCCAUAUGCAUGCCGUUGGCUACUGCUGUUUUGAAGCAUAUGAAACAGCACAAAUCUAUACCCAGAGAUUGGGAAGGGGUCUGGACGGAGGAAGACGACAGACGACUGAAGCGCGUUGAUCGCAAAAUUUCAGAGUCAAAAGACGACUCGGAACGCACAAAGCUGAAGAAGUCGUGGGACUUUUUGGUGAGAAAGCAUACCCAGAAGCGGAUUGAACAAAGGAGAGAGUUUCUUGACUACCUGGGCGAAGCGGAAGGAAUGCUAUGA